AUGGCUCGUCGUCCCGCCCGUUGCUACCGCUACUGCAAGAACAAGCCGUUCCCCAAGUCGCGAUUCAACCGCGGUGUACCCGACCCCAAGAUCAGGAUUUUCGAUCUUGGCCGCAAGCGUGCGAAUGUGGACGACUUCCCCCUUUGCAUCCAUCUGGUCUCUAACGAAUAUGAACAACUGAGUUCCGAGGCCCUUGAGGCCGCCCGUAUCUGCGCCAACAAGUACCUGGUCAAGCACUCCGGAAAGGAAGGUUUCCACCUCCGUGUCCGCGCCCACCCGUUCCACGUCGUCCGAAUCAACAAGAUGUUGUCUUGCGCCGGUGCCGAUAGACUUCAAACUGGUAUGCGUGGUGCCUGGGGCAAGCCCAACGGCACGGUUGCCCGUGUCAACAUUGGCCAGAUCAUCAUGAGUGUCCGCACUCGUGACUCUAACCGUCAUCUCGCCCUUGAGGCUCUCCGACGCUCCCAAUACAAGUUCCCUGGACGCCAAAAGAUUAUCAUCUCGAAGAACUGGGGUUUCACCCCUCUCCGCCGUGACGAGUACCUGGAGCGCAAGGCUGCUGGUCGCGUCAAGGUUGAUGGUGCUUACGUCCAAUUUCUCAGCAACCACGGCCGUCUGGAAGAGAACAUGCGCCGCUUCCCUGAUGCUUUCUCCACUUAA